AUGGGCAACACAACCAGCGCCGUCCUGGACGAUAUUGUUCAGGGGUCCAACUUCGACAGAGAUGAGGUCGACCGGUUACGAAAGCGGUUCAUGAAGCUGGAUAAAGACAAUUCGGGCACGAUCGAGCGCGACGAAUUUUUGAGUCUGCCGCAAAUCUCAUCCAAUCCGCUGGCGACUCGGAUGAUCGCCAUCUUCGACGAGGACGGUGGCGGCGACGUCGACUUCCAAGAGUUUGUCUCGGGUCUGAGCGCCUUCAGCAGUAAGGGAAACAAGGAGCAGAAGUUGCGGUUCGCCUUCAAGGUGUACGACAUCGACCGCGACGGAUACAUAAGCAACGGCGAGCUCUUCAUCGUGCUCAAGAUGAUGGUGGGGAGCAACCUCAAGGAUCAGCAGCUGCAGCAGAUCGUGGACAAAACCAUCAUGGAGGCAGACUUGGACAAGGAUGGGAGGAUCAGCUUCGAGGAGUUUACGAAGAUGGUGGAGAAUACGGACGUGAGCAUGAGCAUGACCCUAGAUCAGUUUUAG